AUGGAGCCUCGCGAGGAGGGUGAGCGACUGGCGCGCGACAUCCAGUCCAGGCUCGAGGCUCACGCUCAGGCGUCGACCAGGGAGUGGUUCCAGACGCAGGGCCUCGGACGAUGGCGGGGCUGCGAGCAGGCGUGUAUCCGGGCGAGGACGCUGGAAGCCGAGCAGGAGGGCCGACCGUGCGACGCGAGCGCGGCGGCGUGGUGGGGCGAGGCGCGGUACCACGCGUCCCUCGAGUUGAUGCGAAGCGAGUUCGCGGACGAUAAGCUGUCGGGGAUGACGAUGUUUCAGGUGAGAGAGCGCCCCGAGUCCCGCGCGAGAGCGCGUGCACAUCGUAGCCAAAAAACCAAAAAAAAGAGCCCUCGAUUGUCCUCCGAUCCGCGCGCCCCUUCCGCCCCGAGACGCGCGACGCGUCCGACGCCUCGACUGACGACCGUCUCGCGUCCACAAUCGACCGCUUCGCAGGAGCUCGUCUUGCCCGACCCGAACGUCAGCGCCCGGCUCUUCGGGGACGAGGACGACGACGAGGAGGACGACGACGACGAGUCAUCGUCGCCUCGACCGGCGGGCUCGUCGAUGUCCAUCGCUGACGCAGACGCGAAACCGUCGGGAGAAUUUCUUCCCGACGCGCUCGCGCUCUUCGACGACCCCUCCGCGCGGGGCGUGCACGACUGGAGCACGUCCGACGCGAUCGCGUUCAAGGUGCUCGGUCCUUACGUGGCGGCGCACCCGCGCAGACGUCGCACCGCGCGCUUCGUGCUGGCGUGGGCCACCCGGCCAUCAUCGCGAGGAUCGCCCCCGGUGAAUCCGUAUCGACGACGAGCCGGCGUCGUGGCGUUUCUCAACUACGUCGACGGCGAGACAGACGCGGGCGUUAUAACGCACGCCGACUCGUCGAACGACGCGUUCCCUCGGAGCGGGCGGGGACUGGCGAGUUCCCCGGUGACUCACCGGGGGAGGGGCGGGGACGGGCUCUUCGGAGACGGGUUCGUCGCGGAACUCGCCAAAGCGUGCGGCGACGUGCUCGCCGCGGUGGACUCGGAGACUCCGGCCGCCGCCCGGCGGAUACCGCGGGGUGCCGAGCGGGGUGCCGGGGGUGCCGAGGUGUCCGUGCGCGCGUCGGACGACGAGGUCCAAAUCGACGACCCGACGCUGUCGCCGAUGGCGGCGGAGGCGUGGGCCGUCGACGGCGCGUGGGCGGUGUUGGGCCUGUGCGCGAGGGAGAGCGCUCGGGUGGACCGCGCGCGGAUCGCGGCGGAGCGGGGCGGGGGUAACCGACGAACGUUCCCGUGCGCGGUUAACAGCGGCGGGGAGGAGACACACGCCGGGGGCGGCGCGAGCAAGCGCGCGCGAACAGAGGCUUGA